ACUAAGACCCUUUGUACAUUAUAACAUGUUCCGAAAAUGCCAGUCGACUCCGGAGUUUGUAGUGUGUAUUGCUGUGCCACUACUUUAUCAACUUUUAUGCAUAUGAGUGUCAUGUGAUGAUAUUGUUUCGGCAACGUCCGAAGUUUUUAUUCGUCAUUGCCUUGAACGAAAACUUUUGCGCCAAGAUGUCGGAGGGAAACAAAGUUUUGCAGUUGCGACAGGAAGAUGUGAAAAAUUUCCUGGCAGCCCACACCCAUAUCGGUGCGACUAAUGUCAACUAUCAAAUGGAACAGUAUGUGUUCAAGCGUCGCUCGGACGGUGUCCACUUGAUCGACCUGAGCAAGACAUGGGAGAAGAUUUUGCUCGCGGCUCGUGCCAUUGUCGCCGUCGAAAACACAUCCGAAGUCUGCGCCAUUGCUUGUUCAUCGUCUUCCGGCGAAUCGAAGCCGCUUGGACAGCGUGCCGUGCUGAAGUUCGCAAAGUACACUGGCGCUACACCCAUUGCCGGCCGAUACACCCCUGGUACCUUUACUAAUCAGAUUCAGCAGGCUUUUAAGGAGCCUCGCCUCCUUGUCGUAUGCGAUCCUGGCGCAGACCACCAGCCUAUCGAAGAAGCCUCGUACUCGAACAUCCCCGUGAUCGCCUUCUGCAACACCGAUUCGAACUUGCGUUAUGUCGACAUUGCCAUCCCGUGCAACAACAAGGCCAAGGACUCGAUAGGUCUGAUGUGGUGGCUGCUGACCCGUGAGGUUAUGCGUAUGCGAGGCACCGUGCCCCGUGAGGUGCCUUGGGAUAUUAAAGUCGAUAUGUUCAUCUAUCGUGAUCCCGACGAGGUCAAGAAAGAAGAGCAGGCUGCCCUUGAGGCGGCGGCUCCAUCCGGGAUCACCCAGGCGCCCACGGAGGAUUUCACGACGGACUUCCAGACCGACGUUAGCAGUCUCGCUGCUAACGACGAAUGGGCGACGCCUGCUGGUUCUACCAGCGUUGUCGCUACUGCCCCCGCCAUCGCCCCAGCUCCAGCUGUUACUGGCGCUACUGAGGACUGGCCAAACACCAAGAAGGUUAUCAAUUGGGCCGAUUAGACAAAGCGAGUAGAACAUCUCGCCAGAUGAACUGCUGUACAAUGUACUACAGAAGGUCUUGCUAGGAAGUAUUAAAAUCAUUGUCACCACUCGCAACUGGCAGAAAUCAUUUGUAAUUGUGGCACAGCGUAAGAAAAUAAACAGCUGAUCGAUGCUGUACUGCUGAAAAA